UGCUUUGUUUACAAGAUGGCCGCCGAAUCGGACAAGUUAUUUGAAAUAACUAGAACAUCUGAAGAAUUAUCUAAAUUAGCUUCAAAUCUUUUAGAUUUAGAAGAGCAGUUACCAUGCAAUCGAAACCAGGUUAUCAGACCAGGCUCUCAACUUUCCGAAAAGCUUCAUUUUCAUGAUAAAAAUGGAAACGUUGUCUCUGCUUAUCCUGUCAUAGUAGAUUUUCGUAGACUUCUACAACUUCAUAAUACAAACCCAUAUCAUAACAAUGAUGUCAUAUCUGGUAUAUCAAAUGACAAUCUUCUACAUGCUGUUGUUGGUUUAUAUGAUAUUGCUUUAUCCGAGAUGACUUUAGAUGUAUUAUAUGCUACAGUUUGUGAAAAAUGGGCAAGGACAAUUGUUUUAGUGCAGGAUAUGAAAGAUGCUGUAAAAGAUGCAGAAUUUAGGAAGAAAGAGAAAAAAGAGCAAAUGAAUGGCAAGAGUGAAAGUGAUGAUGAGUCUAAUAAAUUGGAUGAAAAAUUAAAUGUGGAUAUCGGUGAUGAUAAAUAUGAAGAAGAGGAAGGUUCACCAAGUAAAUUUGAAGGUGUAUUUAGUGAUGUAGAAGAUGAUGAAGAAGAUGAUGAUGAAGAAGAAGAAGAUGAAAGUGAUGAAGAAGAUUUUUCUGUUGGUAUUCACUCAUUUAUAAAAUCAGCUGUUACGCGACGAAAACAACGUAAUGUGAAAGAGACGUCUUUAGAUGAACAUGAUAUUGGUGUUGAAAGUAGAAUAAUAGGCUGUCUAACAUUUGAAAAGAAAUAUGUGAGACAUAAAGAGCGAGUUGUUCAUUUAACUAUUGUUACAGUUCGUCCCAGAUAUAGAAAAUAUGGUAUUGGAAAAUAUUUACUUUCGCAAGUGAUAGAUUCCAGUGUAUCUGGUCAAUAUGAAGCUAUAGUGGUACAUGCUGACAAUGGAGCUGUGGAAUUCUUUCAAAAAUUUGGAUUUUCUGAUGAUGUAGUAUUGAACAGUAGAUGGAGUGAAUUAGCGGAACAGUUUACAAAUUGUACACUGAUGUGUUACUUACCUGGUUUUACUGGACAUACAGUAUUAAGUGCUAUCAAUCUACCAGGAUUAGAAGUGUAUGAAAUGGAUCAAGAAUUAAAGAAAUGGAAAGACAAGACAUUAGAAUCGUAUCAGGCACAAAUAACAUGUGUAAUGAGAAUGAAGCAGGAAAUAUUCAAUCUGCAGAAAAAGGUGAAAUGUCAAGAUAACAUGAUAAAAAUGUUAGCAGUGGAAAAUGAAAAGGUGAAGCAAGAGAAAAUAAUAUUAGAAAAAGAACUGAUGAUACAGAAAUUAAACACAAGAACCAACAUGCCUGGAGGAGAAGAAGAAUUGUCAACCAGUGAACUAAUAACAAGAUUACAAGAGGAAGUCAACAAGUUAGAAUGUAGUGAUAUCAGACUACAGAUUGGCUCUAGAAUUGAGGAAUAUAAAGAUUUAGAUGUCUUUCCCAUGUCUCCGCUGCGAAAACAUCAGGAACCAUAUGAUCAUAUGAUGGAUGCUGCCUUAUUUUAUGAUAUAAGUCAACAAUUUAAAGAAGCUAUGCAUGCUGAUCCUUGUAUUAAAAUACAAUAUGAAGUCACUUCUGUACAUAAGGCCACCUUGUCGAAUGAGGUUAAAGAUAGAUAUAAAACUGCUACUUUAGCUCUACAUGAUUCCAAUAUGGUCACACAGCUCUAUUAUUGUGGUGGGUUAGAAAAUCCUCAAAGGUUAAAUCAGAUAAUGCAGACAGGAUUUACAGAACAAGAUUUUUCUCACGGAGAGUUUGGAAGAGGAUUAUAUUUCUCUAAAUAUCCUUCAAGGGCUGCUCAGUUUUCAGCAUUUAGUAUAUUAGUUUUAGUUGAAGUGGGUUUAGGCUCUGUUGAAACGGUUACUAAGCCAGAUAGAGCUAGAACUAAACCAUCAUCUGAUGCUGAUUCUAUCAUUACACCAGGAAGAUUGUAUAAACUGGAAGAUGAGACACAUGAAUCCAUGUUUAAUCAGGAAUAUGUUAUAUUUAAUACCAAACAAAUUCUACCAUUAUGUCUGAUCAACUAUGUUACUGCUGACCAUGGGUCUUGAUAAUGACAACUGCUCAGUUACGUCUUGUAAUUGAUUUAUUGUUACAAUUCAACAGUCAAUACAGCAAAAUUAGUAGAUAAAUGUAAUAAACGAGAGCUAUAGUCAAGACAAUUGAUAUAUUAUCAGUUACCAAUCAGUACCAAGAGUAAGACAAGUAUUAUAUUUGAUUGUUAUCUGUGCCAAUCAGUAUUACUUUUAUUAAAAAAUUCAUAUCAACUAGGUAUACUUCCAUAUAUUCUUAUAUAUAUUGAUAUUAAUAUGUUCUUUAAUGAAACAUAAAUCUGCUGUUGCUUAGUAUAUAAAAAAAAUAUUCCAAUUUGUACUGUUUUACCAAAAAUAUUUUUUCAGCACCUAGUUUAGUAUUAUGUACUGUAGUAGGAUUAUUUAUCUUGGAUAUAUUUGGACAGUUUUGAAUUAUAAAAUUGAAUUGUUCUGAUUAAUGAGAGAAAGAAUCUGUUAUGUGAUAAUUUUAAACAAAAAAUAUUUUAUGUUAUUUUAAUUUAUAAAUUAUAUUAUUAAUUUAUGUCAAGAUGUCAUUUAUUUUUAUUGUAUAUUUCAAUAAAUUUUAUUUUCAAAUUGUU